AUGGCUUCCAAGACCAAAGUUCUUCUGAUCGACAACUACGACUCCUUCACCUGGAACAUCUACGAGUACCUGUGCCAGGAGGGAGCCGACGUGGAGGUUUUUCGAAACGACAAGAUCACCGUGGAGGAGAUCGAGGCUAAGAACCCCGACAUCAUCUUCAUUUCCCCGGGCCCAGGACACCCCAAGACCGAUGCUGGAGUGUCUAUCGAUACCAUUCAUUAUUUCAAGGGCAAGAAGCCCAUUGUUGGAGUCUGUAUGGGCCAGCAGUGCAUGUACGAGGCCUUUGGGGGCACUGUGGGCUUUGCUGGAGAGAUUGUCCAUGGUAAGUCUUCUCCCGUCAAGCAUGACGGCAAGGGCCUGUUUGACAACAUUGCCCAGGAUGUGGAGGUGACUCGAUAUCACUCUCUUGCCGGUACUCGAGAGUCUCUGCCCGAGUGUCUGGAGAUCACUGCUGAGACCCACAAUGGAGUUAUCAUGGGAGUGCGACACAAGGAGUAUGUCAUUGAGGGAGUGCAGUUCCACCCCGAGGGCAUUCUGACAGAUGACGGCCGAACCAUGAUCUCCAACGUGCUCAAGUUUCGAGGAGGAACCUGGGCCGAUAAGAAGUCUUCCGAGGAUAAGACCCCUGCCCAGACCUCUAUUCUGCAGCGAAUCUACGCCCAGCGAAAGGCCGACGUCGACGCCCAGAAAAAGAUCCCCGGCCAGUCGUUUGAGGAUCUGCAGAAGUCGCUGCCCUACGCUCCCAAGCUCAUCGAUGUCAAGCAGCGUCUUCUCCAGAAGACUCCUGCCAUGAUGGCCGAGAUCAAGCGAGCUUCUCCCUCCAAGGGCCCUAUCGAUCUGCAGGCUCAUGCUCCCACCCAGGCUCUCAUCUACGCCAACGCUGGCGCUUCUGCCAUCUCUGUCCUCACUGAGCCUCACUGGUUCAAGGGCUCGCUGGAAGACAUGCGCCUGGUUCGUCUGGCCGUGGACUCUCUGGAGAACCGACCUGCCAUUCUGCGAAAGGAGUUCAUCUUCGACCGGUACCAGAUUCUUGAGGCCCGACUCAAUGGAGCCGACACCGUGCUGCUCAUUGUCAAGAUGCUGGACGACGAGCUGCUGGCAGACCUCUACAAGUACUCCAAGUCUCUGGGCAUGGAGCCGUUGGUGGAGGUUGCUUCUCUGCCCGAGAUGGAGCGUGCAAACAGGCUCAACGCUCAGCUCAUUGGUGUUAACAACCGAGACCUGCAUUCGUUCAACGUGGACCUCAACACCACUUCUUCAGUCAUGAGCCUAGCCUCGGAGGAUAUUGUGAUUGCUGCGCUCAGUGGCAUCACGUGCAAGGCCGACGUGGAAAAGUACGUUUCCGAGGGUGUCAAGGCUGUUCUUGUCGGCGAGGCUCUCAUGCGAGCCAAGGACACUUCGGCUUUUGUCAAGGAGCUCAUUGGUUAG